AUGGCUUCGAAUCUCAUGUUCUGGCGCCGGGGCUCCAAGUCCAAGGCGGGAAGCCGUAACGGGCUGUUGGAUGGCGAUGCGCAAGGCCGUCGCCAGGUUCCCGCCACGCCGGCGGAAUGGCUGCGGGCCGUGCUGAGAUUCGUCCUGCCCGUCGUGCUCUUUGGCAUCUUUGGCUAUGCUCUGAUGAACUUGUCUCCCAUGGAGGUCGCGCGCUUCACUGGCGGCGGCAACAUCGAGAGAACGAUCACGCGAUCUCAUCUCGAGAGCCUCCACAAACCGAGCCGCGUCGACAACGGCGGCUCCCGUCGCCUCAGGCUCUUUAUGCCUGCCGAUGGACCAAGCAUCAACCUCUGCAAGACAAUCAUGUCGGCCGUCGCGCUGGGAUACCCGAUGCCCACCCUUCUCAACUGGGACGGGGAGUUCAAUCGGCCGGACUGGCACUUUGCCGGGUCCCACAUCGCGAAGCUGGAGUCCUUGCUGGCGGUCAUCGACGACUUGUACGAGCGGGACGACGACGUGAAUGAGAACGACCUCGUUCUGCUCGUCGACGCCUACGACAUUUGGUUCCAGCUCCCGCCCUCCGUUCUCAUCGAGCGCUUCCACCAGCUCAACCGCAAAGCCGACGCCCGCGUGAAGAAGCAGUGGGAGGACCAGGGCCUCAAGCCGGACUUCCCCGUGUCUCCGCCAACCCAGAACAUCAUCGUCACCACGGCCAAGGACUGCCAGCCGACCUGGGAGUCGGGCUCCGACCCGCGCUACGAAUACUGGCUGGACUCGCCCCUGCCAGCGGACUUUUACGGCAACGAGACCGACCACGUGCUGCCGUACGUCUUCGACUCGGCCAGGAAGUACAAGAAGAUCCGGCCGCGGUGCGUCAACAGCGGCAUGAUCAUGGGCACCGUCGGGUCGCUCCGCGGCGCGCUGCGCAAGUGCAAGGGCAAGGUCGACGUGGCGGCCGCGGCCGGGCGGCAGCUCUGGAGCGACCAGGCGCUGUUUGCCGAAGUCAUCGGGGACCAGGAGGUGUGGCGGCACUGGAUGCGAGGGCUAUCCUCGUCCUGGAACGGCCUCGUUGCUCAAGAACAGCUGGGGCGCCUGCCCGGGGACGUGCGGCGGAUUGCAGAUGCGGCGUUGGCCGGGGAGGAGUUUGAGUUCGGGAUCGGUCUGGACUACGACUUUGCGACGAUUCCUCCCACGUGCUCCUCGGAAGACGAUGGGUACUUUGUCAAGCUCGACGAUGCGGAGGCGAUCAAGAGGGAGUCGGACAAGGCGGGAGUACCCGGCGACGUGAGGGUGAACAGCAUCCCGCCCGAGCUGAAAGACGCCCCGCAGCCCAUCCCAGGGUACGGAUGGAGCAACCUGUCUCUCUACACGGACUUCUUCUUCGGCACCUCCCCCGUGGGGAUCCACCACAACGCCUAUAUAUUCGGCCUGAAGGCGUGGCGGCUAGAGAACUGGUGGAGCCUGACGUGGUUCUACCCUCACCUGCGGGAGCUGGUGACCAAGGCCUUGGAGUCGAACAGGAAGCUCGCGCCGUUGGCGCGGCUCCCCAUGGACUCUGACGGCCGAAACGAGAUGGUGUACUGGGCUUCUGAAGAGGGGUCGAGCGAGGCGAGCGUCAAGGUCUUUGAUGGGUCAAGGGAGCGGACGGGUUAUUCGUCGGUUGGGUGGGAUGGCGUGUGCCAGAAGGGGGAGAAGAAGUGGUACGAUGUAAUAUUCGCGGAUGAAAAGGGGCCGCUGGCUGCUUGA